CAGAUAAAUGUUCAGAUAAACUGCCAUCUCUUGCACUGUCACUGUCUGAUAUAUAUUAUUCACACACUUCGAAUUAACUAUCAGUAAUUAGAAUAAUAGCUCCGACUACAGAAGGCUGCAGCCAUGGUUCCAACGGUGAAGUUAAACAAUAAUCAAGACUUUCCAGUAUUAGGCUUGGGCACAUACACAGCCGAGCCCGGAGAGAUGAAGCAGGUAGUUAAAGACGCCAUAGACGCAGGGUACAGACAUUUCGACACCGCUCUGUUCUAUAGAAACGAGAAGGAGGUUGGUGCAGCCAUCAGAGCUAAGAUUGCAGACGGAACCAUAACAAGAAACCAAGUCUUCGUCACUACGAAGCUAUGGAACACACACCAUAGACCAGAUGUCGUCGUGCCUACCCUAAAGACAUCUCUGGAAAAUCUAGGACUCGAAUACGUUGACCUCUAUCUCAUUCACUGGCCGUUCGGUUUCAAGGAAGGUGAUAACGGGCUUCCUGAGGAUGCAGCUCACAAACUGAUCUACAGUGACGUGGAUUACGUAGACACAUGGAAAACAAUGGAGGACUGCGUGAGAUUACGUCUCACAAAAAGCAUCGGCUUGUCCAACUUCAACAGCAAGCAGAUACAGCGAGUACUAGACGUUGCCACCAUCAAACCGGUCGUCAACCAGAUUGAAUGUCACCCCUACUUGAACCAGACCAAGUUGAUUAAGUUCUGCAAAGAAAAGGGGAUAGUGGUCACAGGAUACAGCCCUUUCGGGGGACCUACAAGUAUCGCGCCACUGCAUAAGGGCGAAUCCCCUGAACCACUUAAGGACCCCAAAAUAAAGGAAGUGGCGGACAAGUACGGCAAGACCACAGCACAGAUCAUCCUCAGAUAUCUGAUUCAACAUGGAAUUGUACCAAUUCCUAAAUCUUCUAACAAGAACCGCCUUCAAGAAAAUAUCGACAUCUUUAACUUCGAGCUAGUGCCCGAAGACGUAGCUGCAAUGGAUGCUUUGAACAGGAACAAGAGAAUAUGCGACUUCAUACAAACGAAGGACCACAAGCAUUACCCUUUCAACAUACAAUUCUGAAGAAGAUCAUGAAAACUUGUGCGUUUGUAAAUACGAAGCAAACUUUAAAAAAAUACAUGUUACACUUUUCAGUAACAACAUAAUUGAAGCUGCGAUAUCUAGUCUCAUUCAAAAAGUAGCCACAGAAAAACAAACAAAAAAAAUAAUACAAGAGGCUUAUAAUAGGUUCUGUGACAUAUGUAGGUAUCCUUACAAAUUAGCAGUUUUUCCUCAUAGUGAACUCUGUAUAAAAUACUUCACCAAACUUCAGAGUAAAUUACAUCAGUGACAUGUU